CUCUGUACCGGCGCUCUCCUCCGACAUGGACCAGUGUCGGGCCCUGACGUCAGCCGUUACCGCCCUGCCCGCAGUGUCGGUGCCUGCAGACGACGGUGAUGGAGACGGGGGAAGCGGCCUCGCCGUGAAAUCCCAUCCGGACGAAGGGGGGGGCGGGCGGAAGGGAGAUCCUCGAGGGCACACGAAGACUUGACGACAACUGCUCCGCAACUUGUCGGAUGGGGACACACCGAAACGUGCACCGGCUCUCGCAUCCGCAUCCGGCUCACGAGGAGAUGCUCCGCGGCGGCGGGCCGUGCCGCUCCGGUCGGGGGCUUCCUCGGGUCGGCGCAGCUCCUGCGAGCGCGCCCGCCGUGGAGGCGAUCUAGAGAGGGGAGAGACGACCACUGGGCAAAUAUCACCGACAUCCAGCGUCACCGUGGGACCCGACGCCCGGGGAGGACGGUGGGGGGGGGGGGGAGACGACGCACCUUGAUCGGGGUGGAGCUGCGGCUCCUUUAAUAAGUGAUGAGGACGCGCGCUCGCCCCUCUCCGCCGGACUGGGAACGGUUGGCGAUGUGAUGUUUACGUCUGGCAGACGUGUCCGUGUCCGUGUCCGCUGAUCGUGGGGCCGCGGCGCCUUUUGUCCUCGCGUGCGACACAAUGACACCGGCCGUGUUGCGUCGCCGGCGCCGCUGCUGACCAUGGCCGCGGGCUGGUGCGGGACCACCCCGGGCGUUCACGCGAGGCGCCCCGCCGCCGCCGCCGCCGCCGCCGGCCGCUCUCCGCGGAGGCUGUUUACGCGAUCCGACGCGUAGUGUUGCGAGUGGACCGACCCGAGACCCUCGACUGUCUCCACAUGCUGUGAGCCCCACCGCGGCCAGGCCUCUCCGUGUCCGUGGAACAUGCCCGCGCCCUGUGCGAAACACCGAGGGCUGAGGGCGCUGCCGACGCACGGGCUCCGGGCGAUGCUCUAGGGGGGGAGAGAGAGAGAGAGGGAGGGAGGGAGAGGUGGCGGCGGGGGGAUCUGCGGACUUGCACCAUAAUCGAAAGAAAGAAGCGGCGGUAGCGGCCACCGACCGGAGCGACCAUGUCGAAAGUCGUCAGCAGCAAGGAGAAGAAAUCCUUCAGCAAGAAGCUGUUCCGGAGGAGCUCGGUGCGCUCCGUGGGCAGCUUCAUGAACCGAGUGCUCCGGACUCUGUCCACCCUGUCCCACUUCAGCACCGACGAGCAGGCCGCCGAGGACGAGGCGGACGACGCGAGUCCGCUCGCCGCCGCCGCCGCCGGCGGCUCCGUCCCGUCCGACGACAGCGACUGCGGCGGCUUCCCCCUCGGCGACAAGGUGCCGGGCGUCGCCGGACUCAAGAACCACGGCAACACGUGCUUCAUGAACGCCAUCCUGCAGUGCCUGAGCAACACGGAGCUCUUCGCCGAGUACCUGGCCCUGGAGCAGUUCAAGGAGGGGGAGACCGCCGGCGGUCACGACAGGGGGGGCAAGGCCAACGGGGUGCUGGUGCAGAGGAAGGGGCCCCAGCAGCAGCAGCAGGAGUCGGGCGAGGUGACGGAGCAGCUCUCCGGGCUCGUCCGGGCCCUCUGGACCUUCGAGUACACCCCCCAGCACAGCAGGGACUUCAAGAACGUUGUGUCCAAGAGUGCCCUUCAGUUCAGAGGUAACUCCCAGCACGACGCCCAGGAAUUCCUCCUUUGGCUGCUGGACAGAGUUCACGAAGACCUCAACCAUGUCAUCCUCCCUGAGAGCAGACCCCCCCGGAAGCCUCCAGUAGAAGAAGAAAGUGCCCCUGAAGGAUCUCCACUACCAGCACCCGGCUCUUUUGUACAGGAGUUGUUUCAGGCACAAUACAGGUCGUCCCUGACUUGCCCUCACUGCCAGAAACAGAGCAACACCUUCGAUCCUUUCCUCUGCAUCUCACUGCCAAUCCCGGUACCUCACACACGGCCGCUGUAUGUGACAGUGGUGUACCAAGGAAAGUGCUCCCACUGUAUGAGAGUCGGGGUGGCGGCGCCUCUCUCAGGCACCGUGUGCAGGCUGAGACAAGCUGUCGCCCAAGAGACCAAAAUCCCUGCUCAACAGAUCGUCCUCACUGAAAUGUACUUUGACGGCUUUCAUCGCUCCUUCUGUGACGACGACGACGACCUUGAGCUCAUCCAGGAGAGCGACUCCAUCUUUGCCUUUGAGACACCUGAGCUGUUCAGACCGGAGCAGAUUCGCUCCAAGCGAGGCGGGAGUCCACAUGCAAAUCUCAACCAGAACAACGUUAAGUAUGGCACAGAUAAUAACAGGAUUUCCACACAAAUACAAGAGCCGACAACACCACCGCAGAGUCCCAACAAGAGCAGUGGGCAGGCGGAGAAGAUCGUCCUGUUGGUGUGUAACCGAGCCUGCGCUGGACAGCAAGGGCGCAGGUUUGGUAAUCCAUUCAUUCUGUAUUUGGAGCGAACAGUGACAUGGGACGUACUUCAGAAGGAAAUCCUGGAGAAGAUGCGACAUAUUUUGCGCCCUGGAGCCGCUGUGCAGGUAGGGCCCUUCACUUUGCGCGUGGUCGGAGUUGUUGGAAUCACAUAUCUCUUGCCUCAGGAAGAGCAGCCGCUCUGUCAUCCCUCUGUGGAGAGGGCGUACAAGUCUUGUGGUCCUGGAGGGCCACCUCAUGUCAAAAUUGUUGUUGAGUGGGACAAGGAGACAAAAGACUUUCUGUUCAAAAGAACUGAGGACGAAUACAUCCCCGAUGCUGAAAGUGUGCGUCAAGUAAAGGAGCAGCACCUGCAGCCUCAGACGUGCUCCCUUGCCCAAUGCUUUCAGCUCUACACAAAAGAGGAACAGCUCGCUCCUGAUGAUGCGUGGCGAUGUCCACACUGUAAGCAGCUUCAGCAGGGCAGCAUCAAGCUCAGUCUGUGGACCCUGCCAGACAUCCUCAUACUGCACCUGAAGCGCUUCAGACAGGAUGCUGAUCGACGGAUGAAGAUGCAGAACAUGGUGAAGUUCCCGCUCACCGGCAUGGACAUGGCCCCACACAUGGUGAAGAGGAGCCAGAGCAGCUGGAGUCUCCCCUCCCACUGGUCGCCAUGGAGACGGCCGUAUGGGAUGGGCCGCGAUCCGGAGGACUACCUUUAUGACCUGUAUGCGGUGUGUAACCAUCACGGGACCAUGCAGGGAGGUCACUACACAGCUCACUGCAAGAACUCCAUUGAUGGACAGUGGUAUUGCUUUGAUGAUAGUGAUGUUCAUCCAAUACCUGAAGAUGAGGUCUGCAAGCAGACUGCGUACAUCUUGUUUUAUCAAAGACGCGCUACAAUUCCGUCUUGGUCUGCCAACAGCUCUGUGGGAGGAUCCACCAGCUCUUCCUUAUGUGAGCACUGGAUUAGUCGCCUGAUGGGUAGCCGUCCACCUAGCCAAGCCUCAUCUGGUUCCUCCAGACGCACAUCGUUGGCCUCCCUGUCUGAGUCCGCAGAGUUUGCUGCAGAAAGAAGCGAGGACGAUGGCUUAUCGAGCCGCCCGGCAGUGAGAGGCAUGCAAAGACAAACAUUCUCCUCGAGAUCUUCCAUUGCCAGUCCAUUGGUACUCAGUGAAAAUGGCACUAAACCGUCCUGGUCCCACUCCGCUAAGCUCCAACUCCGUUCCAACUCUCCCUCGCGCUUCUCCCUUGAAUCCCACUCCUCCUCCCCUACUCUGGAGAGGAUAGGAGAGGUGGUUGAUAGCAAGCUGUUAACCCCCUGCUUCCCUGGGUCACCUAAGCUAGACAAACAGUCAGGGGGCAAGUUGGUCGUUGCAUCUUCGUAUAGUAAUCCUGGCAGUAAGAGGCUGAUAGAGCAAGUUCACUCCAAGGCUGUGACACAGGCAGAGCAGAGGAGCCCCAUCCAAGCUGGGCACAACAACAAUGUAGCCACAGCCGCUGAACAGGUUAGUCCUCGGCAUGGGACAACUGCAAAAGAGCAGAAACAAAGAACCGGGUCUGCAGAUAGCACUGGUGUCAAAAGGACCUCAGCAAAGACUGGGACGGAGAGUGAAAGGAGUCCCAAGAAGCGUCCUGCCACCUCCUCAACGUCGUCCAGUUCUCUCUCUCCUGCGUCCCCAGCCAUUGACAAGUCACCGUCUCGAGCGCAGGCCAAGAGUGCGGCAUCAGCAUCCAACCCCAAGGACAAAAGCGACGGACCUGCCAGGACCAGCAAGGCGGGUUCCUCGAGAAUGGCAACUCCCUCCAAAAAAGGGUCAUCUCAGACCCCGGAGGCACUACGUGUCGACUCUGCCCAGCAGAAAAAGAGUGAUUCUCCAGGAUUACAGAGCUCGCAAUCUCAGAAAAAGACCUCGCCUAGAGGUGGGGUGGAGAAAGGCUCAGCCUCUGGAAGGACUAAAGUGGCAGACAGGAGUGCCAGCCGUGAGUCCUCACGGACCAAUGCGGUUUCAGAGAGAAAGGUCAGCCAUGGAGGACCACCGUCCAGGUCAAGUGCUGCUAGUAAAGUGGAUGGCCGGCCGGGCCGGGCUGGGGAGCACAAGGAAGUGGGCCGGAACUCAAGCAGUAGCUCCUCCAUCACUAGCCUCCGAUCCUCCAGUGUGGGUGUUUCCUCUGCGAGCGCUGCCCCACCAUCAAGGGGACCUCAUAGGAACAGUAAGACGGAGGACAAAGGUUUGUCCUUCUUCAAAACUGCCCUGAGGCCCAAAGAUACCCGUAAGGCAGCUGAUGGCGGCAAAUCAGGUACGGGAGAAGCCAAAGGAAGUCCAGAGGAUAACGUCGGGGAUGCAGCUAAAGAAGGAAGCCAACAUGGAACGAGUAGGAAAGCCCUGAACGGGGCUUCAGAGGCCCAGACUAAUGCAACCACAGCCAAAGACAAGGAAUCCUCGAAGGCCUCUUCUACAGCUAAGCAUUCACUGCUGCCCUCCACAAGGUCCAAGCUUUCUGGAGCAGAGACUACGACCCAGUCCUCCACCAAGGCAAAAGACCUUUCAAAGAAAGAGCCUGCGAAAAAGACAAUGCAGUCCAGGAAAAUCCCCAUCAGCUCCACACAAUCCAGCCAGAGGUCCAAGUGAUGUUACGACGAAGACUUGAUAACAAUUUCUCAAGUGCAGCUCUGAGGUGUUUAAACCACCAAACGAGACCGAGUGUCUGACCAACAUCUUUAAAGCACCUGUAGAUUUUCAGUGGAUACUGAAUACCAGCUGCCAUACCGGACACUUGUCGUCCACAUUGUUAAAUAGUUAUUUAGGAAUGGAAUUUUAACAAAGCACUUUGUAUGGAUUGCAUUGAUUUUGAGGAAUAUUAUACUGUACUGUAAAUAAGCAUGGACUCCACAUGUAUUGAAAUUAUCGCCUUGUUCUGUCCGUAGCAUAGUUGGGAGAAGUUCACCUCAGUAGGAGGUGAAAAUAAAAGUGACUUUGCACAAGAUGGAAAGCAAAUAUAACGGUGGAGAAAUACUUUUGAGAUAAAUCAGACAUGGACCACUCAGUCUCCAAAGGAAGUUUACUGGCAGGUUUUAACACGCGGAUGAAUUAUUUCCAAAAAUCGUUAGGUAUAGCUCUCCUUCAAUAUUGAGAGCCACAUGUCACAACAAACAUCAGUGCCUCAGAUAAUCAUAGUGAAGUAUUUAAUCUAAAUUCUAUAACUGCAGGUGUUGGUUGGUUUAUAAUUCAAUUUUAAUAUUUAUUAGCACUAAAAAAUGUAAUUUCAAGUUAAAACACAAUUAAGCCUAUUUAACCUGAACUGCUGUUUACAUACGCUCCUCGAUGUAGUAAUCGUGCUUGACAGCCGUUAGGAAGAGGAAAACUGUCACAGAGAGGCCGGGAAGAGGUGCAGGAAUGAAGCAUGUGUCGUUGGUUUUAAAUGUCUGGAGACCUUGGUUUGUAAGGAUUCUUCAACGUUUGUGUUUUAUUUACCAGUAAUAAUAACCUGUUGCCCCUCAGACAACCCCCCCGUCACCACCUCUGCCCUCCAGCUGCUGAUGCCAACACUUACCUGCGGUGCCCCAUGUGUCCUCAUGGGGACCAGCAUCUUCAGACUGCCAGACACCUCCAAACAUUCCUCUCAGAUGAACACAGGGUUAAUGUAAAAACUAAAUGUAAAAACGAAAUGCCUCGCCGCACUCGGACAAGCAUAUUCAAAGACAGCUCGGUUUGCCUUGGUCGAACACCAGACAUGUACAUAGAGCAGUGUGGUGUGUUUGAGUCAGCCCGUUCUCUGUCGUUCACGUGUGACGCCGCAGCUUGUGCACAUCGUUACCUUGCAUCAACGUGUAGAUUAACACCGAAUGCACUGACAUAGACGGAGAAAACACCAUUCAUGUAGUAUAUGACAGUUGUUGCAUGAUGAAUUGCUUAUGCAUGCACUUAACUAUGCAAGCAGAUCCUUGCUAAUGCCCACUCUGAGUAUGUAGAUGUGCUACUCUUGGAUGUGUAUAUAUUUCUAACUGUAUAUUUUUCCAGAUGCCAGCAUCAGAGAGCAUGUUGAGGCAUAAUUUAUUAAAGCUUUGUUUGCACAUUUCUUCAAAUUAGUAUACAUUUUGUAUGAAUGAUAAGUAUUGCUCACCCCCCCCCCCCCCAUCAAAGUAAAUCGACUCACUUCAAAGUAAUGUUUCCUGUAUUGUAUUCAUUUGUCACAUUUUACCUCAAAACUCCAAUUAAUUUUUAAAAGGAGAGAUUUUCUUUUUUUAAAUAUUUUUUUCUUUGGCAACAAAACAUUGUUGCAGUUUACAACUUGUGGUGUAACUUUCAUUAAGUGUCUGCAAUAGUCUGAGUUCAACUCAAAGAGCUGAGGAAUUAAAAUGAAAUAUUCGUGCUGUAAAUGACCUGAUGUCAGGCUUGUUCUCUGGCUCUAAAUACAAACAUUUUGUCAGGUCAGGCUUUAAGACAAGAUGUUGCCACUAAAGUCUUCUGUUUUUGUGUUAAGAUCCCAAAAAGUAACAAUGUGCAAUAUUUUCUCUAAAAUCUGUUGUUUUGAUUUUCUUUUUUUUUGUUCUAUGAUCAAACCUCAAACCUAUCUCAAACAAACUUAAAAACGUAAGAAUAGACAUGAAAUCAUGUCUGAAAUUGCUGUAUUUCAUAAUAUAUUGCAUUUUUUAAUUAUGAAAGAUUGCACUGUAAAGUGCAAUUGUCCCACAAAUACAAAUUCACUAAUAAGAGUUAAUGUUUUAUACAUUACAGUUAUAGAUCAAGUGGAAGACCAUGUGUCACAUUCAAAGAGGAGUGUACAACGCCGGCCCAAGCAGCUGGACCAUAAAUGACUUUAUAUAGCCUUUUGGCUCAUGGUGCAGAAUAAAUAUUAUCUUCAGUGCCUGAUGGCUACAGUGUGUUAAUACUGUGGUGUUACAGCCAAUACAUGCAGUAAUUAUACUGAUGUAUGUAUGUCACAUCAACUUUGAGUCAAACCUUGCAGUGUUGAGAGAGAUGUAUAGAUAUAGUGAAAGCUAUGAGGAGUUAUUUAUUUUCACAAACGCAUGAGAACAAUUUUUAUUUUUCCAUUCAUACUCGGUGAUACAAUGUAAUUUUGGACAUGCACUGUGUUUCAUCUUGUUUUGGAGAGUAGCGGUGUCGGUUGCCAUUGCAGGACAGACCACAGCAAAAUCAAAUUAUGUCAUGAAAUAAAGUUUUGUUGACAUGUGUA